CGUUUUUUAAGUUUUAUUGAUAUUCAAAAUUUUGACUCUUUUGUGAGGGAGGUACCAGAAGAAGUGGACCGAUCUCUACCAUCUUCACAACGGACCUUGGAUGUGUAUAAUUUGCGAUGUGUAUAAUUUGAAGACAAUCGCGCUGAUGAUAAAGUCCCUCACAUGCGUAAUAUGCACUCUACAACAAUGAUAUUUGACACAGGACGUCAGAUACUGCGCAUACGCACGGUGGUGUAGGACAUCAUGCACCCGCCCGACUUUUGAACUUUCCUAACUGUUUCUUUUUUAUUCUUUUCUGGCAUGAAGCCAUUCCGAAUUUGUAAGAAUUGUCAAAAUCAGUCAGUAUGUUUUACCCGCUAAAUAUUGUUCAAUUACCAAUCUAAGUGGUAGGAUUCUGCCCAACCCUAAAUUCUAGCCAUAAGCUGUUAGAUCUGGAAAAUUGUCUGUUUUUGGUUCAGAUCUUUUGGUUUGGAUCUUGAAAAACAGUAGGCAUAUAUUUUAACCAUCACCCCACCACCGUGCUAGAUUUUGGACCACAAUUGCGACCUGUAAAGUGAUUUACAUAGCUAGAUAUACUCAGCUCGGUGAGAUAGGAAGAUCCAUAAAUAGUUUCCUAUUUCUUGGACCAAUAUUUUGGGUUGUUAAAUUAUUUUUGUUGUAGGGUAUAAAGACAUAAUUCCUACAGUGUCGUGGUCGAUAUAUUUGCAGCAUAACUAAAUGGGCUUUUGCGGUUUGGUAUAAAACAUAAAUACUUUUUGAAAUCGUUUUGCGGUUCUCUGAGGUUUGAAUUUAAAUACAAACAGUCACAGUUGUUGCGUUCUCUUCAAACGGACAGCUAGAAUCGCAUUUAACGGAAAGUUUUAACGAAGCAAAAAAGCAAGAAAAAACUGGCAGCAGCUUUUAGAAUGGAUAGCAGAAAGAAACUGUUGCAGAACUCUGUCAUUGUGGAGCGUAUACUCCAAUACCUCACUUUGGGGGAACAAAUCCAAUGUUCCGCGUUGUGCAAAAAUUUUCAUGAGAUUAUUACGAAACGGUUGUGGGUAAAACAAUAUCGACAUUUAUCAAUCCACAAAUCACCGAACAUUGCCAUUAUCUGCAAUUCUCCAAAACCCGAUGAAGUUUCAGACAAGAUGGUGGAAGCCAAGGAGGAAGAGUUGCAGAAUCUGUUGGAAUUUAAAAUACCAUUGUCGUACGAUAAGUUGAAGGACUUUCUCAAAAAAAUCGCAACCUACGUUGAACACCUGAAUCUCUGUUCGGAGUACUUUACAUUUCAGAAGAACUUGGGUGUGGCAUUUUGUAAUGUUCACAUGUUCACCAAUCUCUGCUCGCUGACCUUCAAUAAUAUUGUGGUGACCAAUGACCAGUUGGCUCUGCUGGCCACGAAUUGUCGGAAUUUACGCAAACUGAAGUUCAUUGAAUGCCAGUGCGAUGAAUUGGAGUCGCUGGUGCCUGGCUAUAAUUUGGACAUUAGACAAUUGUCUCAAAUGGUCCAACUUCGAGAGCUGGUGGUACAAAGUGAUACACCACCAUCGGGACGGCCAGAAUUGGAGGAGGAUGUUCUACAUGAGAUGAUCAAUAAACUAAAUCUAAGUGCUUUAAUUUUGAGAAACAUUCGAAUUGUGAGCAAAUGCAGUGGCUUGGUGCCGCUGAACAAUGGCUGCUGCAUGGCGCAUCUCAAUGUUGGAAACAUUUCGCAUGAGUAUUGGCCAAACUUCAAACAUCAACUGGGAGGUUAUGGCAACCUAGUCUCUCUCACCAUCAACACUGUGGACACAAAUAUUCGAUUGAAUUCGGUAGUGUUCCAAGUCUUGUCCUUCAACUGUUACAAAUUACAAACACUGGUCCUGGAGCACUGCCACUUGCAUGUGGACGAUUGUAGUGUCAUUAAAACAUUGGAACAUUUAUCUCUGUUUUCAUGCAAUGGCUUCAAUGCCACCAAUCUUCAGCAGAUUCUAGGUCACAGACCUUUGAAGUCACUGCAUUUGAUCCAAACUCCAAUUGUGGGAGUAAUUGAAGAUUUGAACAUCGCUUCAUCGUCGUUGGAAGACAUAACCAUCGAUGCAGCCUACAUUGGUAAUAUCGAGAAAGUGUUUUGUGACUCCAUUCAGUGCAUGAACAAAGUGCACACUAUAAAGUGGCUGAACAAGGACCUCGAGAAUGAUUGGAUUUUAAGUAAAUGUCCGAGUCUACGCAGACUUCAUAUUUGUAAUCCCUUUACCAUCCGCCGUUUUAUUUUGAAAAUGGAUGCACUGCAACAUUUGACAUUCACCCGCUGGCAUGGCUUGACAUGGCCAUUCUUUUUGAUUCUCCUGAAGAAUUUGCCGUUGCAAUCGCUGAAUAUAUUCACAGAGGAGGAGAUUGAACUCGAUAACGAGGAAAUGACAUGUGCCUCAACGACACUCCGAAGGAUUCUCAUACCGUAUAGAAUAUUUAGAGCGAAACAACACUUUUGGUUGGAUUUGGUCACCUACAAUCCGCAGUUAAGGCUUGCCGUCUACGGCGAAGAGAGCGAAAUAAUGCACGUUUCAUUUUUGAAAAAUUUACUAAAGUGGCCGCAUAUCACGGAUAAUAUAAAUCACAUGAAAAUAUGCGGAAUGCGAAUGGAUAUCAACAGCUUGCUUACAAAGUUCACAGACACAUUUCAAUUUCUCCAACACAUAACAAGUCAUUACAGGGCAAGGCAUUCAUUAUUCACUUUCGAAAUAUAGAAAUACACAUAUUAAAA